AUGAAAUACAACAGUAGAAUCUAUAGGAUACGAUACAGGAAUUAUUACAGGAGCACUACUCAUCAGCCUGCAUCAGUCAGCGACACGUCCUCGGUCAGCCCUAAGCUUGACAAAAGCGGACCUGUCCUUGUAGAGAUUCUGGAAGACACAAAAAAGUAUCGUGUGUGUAAAACAGACAUUGUGCCUGAUGAUGUUGAUCAGAUUCAAAAGCAUGUCAGACAUUAUGCGGAUGAAUUCAACCUUGAUCUUAUCGUCAUCACAGGUGGUACUGGGUUCUCAGAAAGAGAUACUACACCAGAGGCUAUUAUCCCUCUGUUGACACGUCAGACACCUGGUAUCACUCACCUACUACUGGCAAGCUCUCUUGCUAUUACUCCAUUUGCAGCACUUUCACGCCCCGUCACAGGAAUACGUAAUAAGACCCUCAUAAUUACACUCCCAGGCAGUCCAAAGGCGUGCAAAGAAAAUAUGGCUGCUAUUAUCAAUGUACUUCCUCACGGUCUGGAUCUUAUCCGAGGCGAGCCAGUUGCUAUGUUACAUGCUGCUAUCCAGAAAGAUGAAAAUGAAAAACCAAACCCUCAGAAAAUUACAAAACAUCAUUAUCAUACAUGCACGCAUAAACAUGAUGCACCAGGACACGCUAGUCAAACAGGCCGGUCAAAGGAUCUCGGUUCAUUUGUCCCCACUCGUGCCCGGUCUUCUCCUUAUCCCAUGGUGUCUGUAUCUGAGGCACAGAGCAUUGUUUCCUCGUAUACUCUUCCUAUAGGGACUAUUUCCUGUGAGCUUGGAGCUGGGUUGGCUGGAAGAGUACUUGCAGAAGAUAUCUCAGCCGUUGAAAAUGUCCCAGGCUAUCGCGCUUCUAUUAUGGAUGGAUAUGCUGUACAUGUGGAAGAUGGGCCAGGAAUUUAUACUGUCGGAUCAGUAUCCCUGGCGGCACCCACCACAGAAAAGAAAGUUCUCCAACGUGGUCAAAUCUCUCGUAUUUCGACCGGUGGUCCUCUUCCUCUAGGUGCAAAUGCGGUAGUAAUGAUCGAAGAUACUCGAUUGGUAAAGUCCUCUGAAGAUGGAAAACACGAAGAGACGGUUGAGAUCCUUGUCCAAGCUCAGAAAGGAGAAAAUAUUCGUGAGAUUGGAAGCGAUUGUGCAAUUGGUGAUAUUGUUGGCAAGAGAGGGCAGGUUAUGUCCAAUAUGGGUGGGGAGCUUGGAUUAUUUGCUUCUGUGGGAGUCUUUUCUGCACAUGUUUACCAGGAACCUGUUGUGGCUAUAAUGUCAACAGGAAAUGAGUUACGUGAAGCUUCUAGUGAGAAUGGUCCUCUUAUUGAAGGACAGGUUCGAGAUGCCAACCGCGUUACUUUAUCUGCAGCAGUGACAGGCGCUGGAUUUGAUGUAUUUGACGUGGGAAUUUUGAAAGAUUCAGUAGAGUCUAUAACAGAAGGAAUAUCUACUGCUCUUGAAGAGGCAGACGUUAUCAUAACCACUGGAGGAGUUUCUAUGGGUGAAGCUGAUUAUAUGAAGCCUAUUCUUGAACAAAAAUUUGGUGCCAAGAUACAUUUUGGUCGUGUUCUAAUGAAACCAGGAAAACCAACGACAUUUGCUACGAUAAAACAUGAAAGCGGAAAAGAAAAACUUGUUUUUGCACUACCAGGAAAUCCAGUGUCUGCUGCUGUCUCAUUUUACCUUUUCGUGCUUCCUGCACUACGUCAAAUUUCUGGCCACCCUCACCCAGAGAAUGUUUCUCUUCUCGUAAAAAUCGCUCAAGACAUUGAAUUAGAUGGCCGGCCAGAAUACCACAGAGUUCGAGUUUUUGUCUCUGGUAGUGAGCUUAUUGCAGAAUCUACAGGAGAUCAACAGAGCAGUCGUUUGCUGAGUUUAUUAGCCGGAAAUGGUCUUCUGGAACUUCCUGCGCGAUCAGAUAGCCUAGCAAAACUUAAAAAGGGAGCUGCUGUGAAAUGUAUUAUGCUUGGACCACUAUAUUAA